UUUGGCGGGAGAAAAGCACCGCGUGGUCCCUACAGCGCUUCUCCGUGUUUUCACUUUUUCAAUCGCAUGUUUUAUAUUGCGAUUCCCUCCAUCGAAUAUUGGGCACCGGUGCGACAAUGGCAGCGACUGUAGCAGUGAGUGCCCCCCCUGCGGAGAGUGAACUGGACCGCAGCGGAGCUGAAGAGGAGCCGCGGGGUGACGGAGGAGACGAGGACGGAGCUCAGAACAGCAGCCCCACGGGGCCACACAGCCGGCUCGCCAAACUGCCCCUGUCCCGCAUUAAAGCUCUUAUGAAGGCUGAUCCGGACGUAAGCCUCGCGAGCCAGGAGUCUGUGUUCAUCAUAGCCAAAGCGACGGAGCUCUUUGUGGAAAUGAUAGCUAAGGAUGCGCUAGUUUAUGCACAACAAGGAAAAAGGAAAACGUUGCAGAGGAAAGAUCUAGACAAUGCAAUUGAGGCAAUAGAUGAGUUUGCAUUUCUUGAGGGUACGUUGGACUGAUUGGCAACUGCUGGCUCAUAAGUAUGAUAUACUCUUUCUACAAGAAAAGACUGCUAUUUUAUUUACUUCUGUACAGUCUGGGGUUGGGGAUCUCAACAGUCAAGACGAACAGGAUUAUUUUCCAUCAUUUUUGUAUAUGAACAUGUACAGCUUUGAAUAUAUUGACCAACCUUUGUGCAGAUUUUUGUGUGAUGUGCCAAUUUUACUUGUGAAUAUGUUAGUCUCUUGUUAAACACAUGGAAAUAAAUUCUGAUUUCUAUA